UGCCUUUUCUCUUUUCAUCUGGAUCAUUUUAUUCUCCGGAGUCUAUGAAUGCAUAUCUUCAUAUCAUAGGAAUGUAAGCAUAUUUGUUAAUAUAGAACUCUCCCUAUACGUAUUACCAUCUUCUACGUCUUCAAUCCAAAAGAUAUGUAUAAUUAAUGUAACAAUAAUAACAACCUUCAUGAUAACCAUGAUAAUAACCAUAAUAGUAAUAAUAACAGAUAUAAAAAAUAAGCACAAUACCUGUUAUUAAUUCAUACUUGGCUACCCCUUAUAUAUUAUUCAUAUUUUUAUAGAGGCCUACUAAAGCAGGCCUAAUUGCUCCAGCCUUUUGUUGCAUGAGGGUGUCUCUGCACAUUGUUUUACUCGAUUUUGGGAGAUUUCAUUCAAGGGCUUCUAUUUUUGACACUAAUUACUUGCAGGAAAAGUUGUGGUGCCACGGCGUCAGGUCAUCCACUUGUUAUAUUAUUGUGCAGUGUAAAUCCCACUAUCUAUCUUACUAUCGAAGGACCAGGGGGCUCGCACGAGGGCAGCUUGUGUGCUGCUACAUGCACUUGUUCAUCCAAGGGAAAAACACAAAACGGUACAACGUUUUGGAUUUGGUAAAAAAUAAAUUUUAUCUCAGAAAGAUAUUUGAUUAUGGUUGCAGUGCGUAUAUGUCCAUUGCUCUGUAAUAAAUGUUAAAACUGAGGAGGAAAAAUCGAGUUAUCUUUAUUUUUGGUAGGAGAAAUGGUUUAUUAAUGACGUAAUGCGUAAACCUCUUAGAUUGAUGUUGCCUGAGCAACAUUGUGUUUAAAGUCAAGCUCACGAGAAGAGUAGGGAGUCAAAGGUUUCUUAAUAUCGUUAUAUAAAACCAGCUGCACGUAGAGAGUCUUUCUCUUUCUCUGUCUCUUUCAGAUCAGUAAAACAUAUCUGUUUUUUUAUCCUUUUAUUUAGUUAUUUUUAAUAACGUGACAACGUCCUAAAAUGACUGUCUCUUUCUGUUCUGGUGUCAGUAAACAGCCUCGUGUGUAGAGCUGUGCACUAAGACGCACGCUAACCUAAAAUUCAUUUAAUGUUCCAUCAGAGAUAUUCUUUUGUUUGUGAAGAAGUACAUUCCAAUCCAUAACUUUGCUUUCACAUACAGCGGGAUGCUGGAUUUUCUCGGAUAUAGGACUAAAUCAAGGUCGGCGGACACUGCCCCUACUUUGGUCCAUGCAGUAAACAAGUCGCUUGAUUGGAUUUUCUUUAUAUACUGUGAUUUAAUAAGGAAAACACAAACGUAAGCUAGUCCGAGCAAUUUUCGUUGUGCAAAAUGCCAUGCUUUCCAUUGGUUCCUGUUUACAUGAUGCCCACAGGAGACACCGUGAUUGGUGGUGCUUUACACGUGACCAGACAACUUUGUACAUUUGACAGGGAGUAGGAGGGUUUUGUGGAGAUCAGAAAAACGACAGCGCGAUAAAAAUUAGUAUUGUUGCACUUCACAAAUUAAUGACCAUGAGUUCCUAUUUGAUAAACUCGAACUAUAUCGAACCAUCCUUUCCUCCAUGCGACGAAUACCAACAAAGCGGAUACAUCCCCACGCCCGGGGAUUACUACGAACGGCAAAAAGAUACAGGUUUUCCCCAUCACGACGAUGCAUCCUAUCCGAGGUCAAACUACACAGAUCCGAGCUACGAUUACGGCAAUGUCCCCACCAACGGACUGGACGAUUUCAGCGACGGGCAUCACGCACAGCCGCAGCCCGUCCCCCAGAGCCACGGUACUCGCCUCAACACGGUUCCCGAGAGCGGCGCAGGGACGAACACCAGCAAAGACUGCAGCCUUGCAAAUGAGCCAUAUCCCGGUGUACCAAAGGGCAAGGAACCGGUGGUCUAUCCAUGGAUGAAAAAGGUCCACGUUAGUAACGUCAGUGCCAGUUACAACGGAGGAGUGCCCAAGAGAUCCCGCACCGCCUACACUCGCCAGCAGGCUCUUGAGUUAGAGAAAGAAUUCCACUUCAACCGUUAUCUGACCCGACGCAGGCGGGUGGAGAUCGCGCACACCAUGUGUCUAUCCGAACGCCAGGUGAAGAUUUGGUUCCAGAACCGACGAAUGAAGUGGAAGAAGGACCACAAGCUGCCCAACACAAAGAUCCGCUCCUCCAACACAGCCUCGACUUCAGUCUCUGGUGCCCAGCCGCAGCAGAUCAAAACAGGCCAACAGCUCGUGCCUACACCGUGCGCCGCCAGUCUAUAGUGCGUGAACCGCAGCAAACCCACACCACAACACAGACUGAGAAUGCAAAUUACAAAAGUGGAAAUUUUUGUGGACCGACUUUCCGGUGUGUUACACAUGUUGUAAUCCCCCCCCCCCCUUUUCCCAAACUUCUGCCAUUGGGUUUUACAAGUCCAUCGUUCCUUGAAAACCACCUCUGCUCCUCGUUUGUCCUCGUCAUAUAAGCUUGAAAUUCACCUCUAAUCACCCAAGAAGGCAACUGAAGUGUACAUGUAUUUGUUUAAUUUUAUGAUACAAAAAAGGGGAACGCACGUUCAAAGCAAGGACUUGGGUUAAUAUACAGGUUAAAUGAAGUGAGGCAAACGUAAGUCAUUUUUUAUCAGUAUUAUCAUUUUUUGUAUUGCUCAUGGAAAAGUCUAAUAUACUUGAAAGAUAUAUAGCAAAUCUCUAGGUCAUGCAGAGUAACAUUGUAGUUUUUUUUCUGUGUGUGUAAGAGAGUGUGAGUGAGAGUGAAGGAUAGAUAGUGUGUGUGUGUGUGUGUGUGUGUGUGUGUGUGUGUGUGUGUGUGUGUGUGUGUGUGUGUGUGUGUGUGUG